UUGCAAAAUUUCUGCAUUUAUUUCCUACCAUUUCUUAAAUUUUCACUGAAAAUUGGACUCACUUAAUUGUUUCUUUCUUUAAGCACAAAUUUUUUGUCUUACUAUCUAUCCUUCUCUUAAACUUAAUUCUAUCCCUUCCCUCCAAAAGAAAGCGAUAGAUAGUGAGAUUAGAUAGAACCCAUUUUCAAAAUUUGCAAGGUGCUUGUAGAAAUUCUGGUCAGUUAGCUGUCUAUUUUGGUGGGUUAAUUGUUGGUUAUGGAACCAAAAAAAUAUCUUUUUUAGAGAUUUUGUUCAAUUUUUAAGUCAUCCCAGAAGUAUACACUUUUUAAUGCAACAUUUAUUGCAAAUUUCCCAUUUUUAGCUCCCACAUUGUUGAAAGGGAAAAUGGGGUAUUGCCUAUUCGUAAUUUUUAUUGUUGAAAAUGAUAGAUUGGUAUAAGGAAAUUUAAAGGUUUUAAUUUGAUUAAAUUUGGGGAAGAAAUUUGGAUAAAGGAGCAAGCUUUUUGAGAAAAAAAAAUUAGGGUUUAAAGAUAUGGAAGAAAGUGGGAAAAAUGUUAAUGGUAAGGGAAGAAACAAACAGGGAAAAGAGAACACCAAACCAAAUGUGUGGUUCUCAUUGAAGAAAUCUUUGCACUGUAAAUCAGAGCCGUCAGAUGUACAUGAACCAAAAUCAUCAAAGGGUAGUAAAAAUCAUCAUCAUAAUCAUCAUAUGAUGAACUCAAUAUUAACAAGAAGGGUUGGAAGAUCAGGUUGUUCAAGGUCAAUAGCAAAUCUUAAGGAUGUAAUUCAUGGAAGUAAAAGACAUAUUGAAAAACCCCCAAGUUGUAGUCCAAGAUCUAUAGGUAGUAGUGAGUUUCUAAACCCAAUUACCCAUGAAGUAAUUUUGAGUAAUUCAAGGUGUGAGCUUAAGAUUACUGGGUAUGGACCUUUUGGGAAUUACCCAGAUGGGUUAAGCUCAGAAAAAGAGAAGGAUGAGUCAACAUUUGUGGGUACUUUAAGACCAGGUACCCCAGGACCUGGAGGGCACCCUACAAUGCAUUACUUUAACAAAAGUUCAUCAGUUGCAAAGUCUUCUAGAAAGUCCUUUAGUUUGGAGAGGGAAAGAGAAGGUUCUUCUGUGUUUGGGAAUGGGGGAAGUGGAAUUGGUAGUAGUGGGAUAAGUAAUUCAAGGAAAAGGUUCUCCCUUGAGAUUGAGUCUAAUGGGUCUUCUCAAUUGACUUGUCAUAAGUGUAAAGAGCAAUUUAACAAAUGGGACGCCCUUGAAGCUCACCAUCUCUCAAAUCAUGCUGUGACUGAGCUUUUGGAAGGUGAUUCUUCAAGAAAAAUAGUUGAAAUCAUAUGCAGAACAAGCUGGUUAAAGUCAGAGAAUCACUGUGGUAGAAUAGAGAGGGUGUUGAAAGUCCAUAACACACAGAAAACAAUAGCUCGGUUUGAAGAAUACCGAGAAAUGGUUAAGAUCAAAGCUAGUAAGCUCACUAAGAAGCAUCCGCGAUGCCUUGCAGAUGGAAACGAGCUACUACGAUUCUAUGGGACGACUGUGGCCUGCUCGUUAGGCCUCGAUGGUUCUUCGAGCCUUUGUAUCUCGGAAAAAUGUUGUGUUUGUCAAAUCAUAAGGCACGGUUUCUAUACCAAGAAGGACAUUACAAGUGGGGUUGGUGUCUUUACGACUUCUACUAGUGGACGGGCAUUUGAAAGCAUCGAAUUCGGUGAUGAAGAGCCAUCGAUUAAGAGGGCGUUGAUUGUAUGCCGAGUUAUUGCAGGAAGAGUUCAUAGGCCAUUGGAAAAUUUGCAAGAAUUGGCGGGGCAAACAGGGUUUGAUUCAUUAGCAGGAAAAGUAGGUCUAUAUGCAAGCAUUGAGGAGUUGUAUUUGCUCAAUCCUAGGGCUCUACUCCCUUGUUUUGUGGUAAUAUGCAAACCCUAAAAGUUGUUUUUUGGGUGCCAAAAUGUCCUUUAAACUAAGGGUGUAUAAUCCCAUGUAUUGAUAGCAUUUUAUGUAUUGAUAGCAAUUUAUGAACUUAAAAGGAUGUCAAGGAAUGAUAAAUUCUUACUCCCUUCGUCCCA